GUUUGAAGCAAUUGUGGAUCUUGAAUACACCCCACUUUCAUUUGUCAGUUGUGAAUGACGUAAACCGAAAUAACGGGCGCGGUGUUUGAACGUUGACAGUGUUCCAGAGAAACAAAGUAGCGAACCGUAUAACAUUUCUUGCACAGUCUUUGAAACAGUUACAAAGUAACUAAUUUAGAAUGGGUAGAAGAAGAAGCAGCACAUUCUCAAUUAAAAGGCGCGCUACUGAGGGUUUGGUGUUUGACGAAUUCGGGUUUGCCCAGACUAAAAGAAAGGACCAAAAACUUCAACACCGAUGUCACGAUUACAGUUACCCCCAACUCAACGCCCGUAGGGUGAAGGAAUUGUGUGAGCUUCUUAGUUACUGGAAUGGAUCCAGUUUCAUCUGCAGAAGCCAGAUCGAACGGUUUAUGAGAAUGGGAAUCCCUCCAGCUUUAAGAGGGCGAGUGUGGAAGUGCCUUCUCAACAUUGACAAACUAAGAGAAUCCAGUGCUUUUAACUAUCAGAAAUGUUUGGAUGAGAUCCGAGGGCCCCUGGUUGACCUGGGAGUUAGUGAAUACGGCAUCAUCUCAGCCAUAGCUACUUUGAAUGACACAGAGAAUGACCUGGGGUCCAACCAACUUCCCUCCCGCUGUCCCCCGGACUUGGCCUACUCCAGUGCAGAUGUCACCAUCUUUCGUCAGAUCGCUCUGGAUCUGCAAAGAUCCUUCCCAACCCAUCGCACCCUGAUGGGCGAGAGUCCUGAGGCAAUAGAAGGCCAAGCCAAGCUCUUCCGAGUCCUCAUCGCCUACGCAAAGUACAACCCUAAGAUUGGGUAUAGCCAAGGAAUGUCAUACAUCGCUGCAGUGCUUCUUAUGCACCUAAGUGAAGAGGAGGCCUUCUGGGCCUUGGGAGUUCUUCUAGAGAAGCCUAAAUAUCUGUCAGAGCUGUUUGACCUCUCCGGGGAGAAGAUCCAGCAUCAAGCGAUGGUGUUUCACCAGUUCUUCAAACACAGGAAACCUCAGCUCUUCAAGCACAUAGAGGAUGUAAGGGUUUCGUCCAUCCAUUUUGUUAUGCCUUGGUUCCUAACCCUGUUCACCUCCCUGCCCUGCUGGGACUCUGUGCUGGCCAUAUGGGACCUCAUCAUGUUGCAUGGCCUCUCUGCUGUGUUCCGUACUGGUCUCACCAUCAUUCAGCUGCUGGAGUCUCGUCUAAUGAACCUGACUGACGAGGCUGCCGUGCUACCCCUGCUGCUAAGGGUACCUGUGGAUGUCUCUCAGCACUGUGUCCUGCUCCCAGCCCUGUGGAGCACAGAGGUACAGGAGUGGGAGAUCAAGUGCAUGAACAGCCUGGUGUUGGAAGAGACCGAGGGACACCACUUAGGAAAAAUUGAGAAACCUGUUCCACCACCACUGCCCACUAAGGUGAAGGAGCAGGAGAAGAGUGUGGAUGGACCUAAAUUGAAAGCCAAGAACUCAGUAAGGAAGGAUUCAUCGGUGUCCGGUGUUAAGAACGUGUUCACCCGGCUAGUGAGGAUGGCCCAGUGCUACCUGCUGGAUAAAGAUUGUCAGAGUGGGGACAGUAAGCCUUCCCCAUCCCAUGGCAGCUCUGCCAGGCGCCGCUCCUCCAAGGCCAGCAGGACAACUUCCUCAAUCACACAGUCACAGAUCAGAGCCAAGAGGAGUCAAAAGGGCAUGUCCCAGCAGGGAAGUGUGAGUCAGACCAGAGGAGGGACCCUUCCCGGUUCUACCCCAGACUCAGAUGGGUUGGUCAAAGACAGCAGGCCAGAGCCAGCAGCAUUUAGGAGAAUGGGUUCUGGUCCCGUGGGCAGGGUGGCGCGUAGACGCAGCAGUCUGCCCCCCAGAGUUGAGUCCCUCCGCCUGCUCCGGACCAGGACCCCCCAGUCCCCAUCGCCCUCUCCCUCCAGCCCAGCACAAACACUGGCCCAUCAGAGACGGAAAACAGCCCUAUCCAGGGAACUGCCAUCAAGAUGUCACUGCCUGAAUAAGACUACCAACCCCUUAAGGAACACUCAGGAGUCCCAACUCAUCUGAGGAAAGGAGGACCUGCACUUGAUGGUACUCUUUAUCACAAUGCCCUCAAAACCCAACACGGAGGACUACAGAGUACUGUCCCCAUGGAAACUUUUUAAACAUCACAUGCAAGAUCCAACCUUCCUGGAUGUCUUAGAUGAAUCACUGCUCAAAGUUGUGAAUAUCAUUGUCCUAGGAAGGGCCUUCUGAUAUGGGGCAUUGCUCCAUAUCACCCUUCCAAUGUUUGUCCUACCACUGCUACCCAGUGAUUUAGCACUCGCUGGGUAGUAAGAACAGUGACUUUUCACUCAGCCCUCUGGUGCGACGACUAGGCUAAAGGUGGGAUUUUCUGUGUCAUCAUAUUUUAGCACUUCAUGUGGGAGUGUGUAUAUUUCGUUGUGAAUUCUACCUGAAUUUCUGUGACGUCACUCUAGUGGAGUUGUUGUUUUAAUAUAUCUUGUACUCGUAGAGACGUCAAUGUUUUGAUUGUAUAGCUGUUUUGAAAUAAUAAAAUAUUAACCCUU